UGAGACACCCGGAAAAGAGCAACUCUUCACUUCUAGAGAUUUUGAGCUGCUGAGAACUUCAAAACUUCACGCCAUUCCCGACGAUUUCAGCACGCAGAUGGUUCGGAUUUUCCAAUUAAUAGACCUAGCAACGAUCACUCACCUGUGUUUUUGUGUUGGUUAAAAUUGUCUGUAUAAGUGACUAGUAAAACACAUGUUUGGAUUUCAACGGAAAAGAAAAUUUAUGAGAAAGUUGUAACGUGAAGGAUUUUUAAUGAUUAUGGACCGCUGGUGAAUUUUUUAAAAGAUGGUGAGCGACCAAUAAUCGUUGGGAAGUGGGAGUGAAUUUAUUGAAGAACCACGUUGAAUCACGUAAAGCUUCAAACCAGAAAGACAAGACUGGCUGCAUAGAACUCAAGUGAAUAUUACAAAUCCACUGCUGUCGACAGUACGGAGCAGCUGGAUUUUGGGAAGUUUUGGACACCUUUACAAGUUUGGGAGCUGUCAAUGCUGCAGACGAUCGGCGCUGAAGAUUUGACAAACAUGAAACGACGAGAUGACAGUCCAAGAUAAGUUCUCACUCUGAGAUCAUUACCGAUGGGAUCAAGAAGCAUGCUGCGUUUAUCUUCCUGGAGAAGGCAUUGCUGGAAAUCUUGGCUGCUGGCAGGGUUGGUACUGGGAUGUGGCGCAUUCUGCGGGGCUCAGGCUGCAAAUCAGAAGCUAAAGAGAUCCCAGUGGAUAAACAGGCCCCGACAACGGCGACAGCUGUGGAUCGGUGAAUGGUCGGCGUGGAGCAGUUGGAGCGUUUGCUCUGGCACUUGUGGAGGGGGAGCAUCUUUCCGGAUCAGGCGUUGUCUGAGAUAUGUCAAUGCAGAAGACUGUCGAGGAGAUCAGAGACAAUACAGAGUAUGCAACGUUCAGGAGUGCCCUCCAGGGUCCACCGAUUUCCGGAAGUUUCAGUGUUCACUUUAUAACAGCAAGCCAAUACGGGGCAACAUGGUGAUUCAACAUUGGCUUCCAUUCUACGGGGCUCCCAACCAAUGUGACCUCAACUGCCUGGCCAAAGGGAAGAACUUUUACUACAGAUUUGGUUUCGUUCUAGAUGGGACAAAAUGCAGCCCAAACUCAUCAGAUAUGUGCAUCAGUGGACAGUGUAUGAAAGUAGGCUGUGACAGUAUCCUCGGCUCGGAUGUCAGAAUGGAUGUCUGCGGGGUGUGCGGUGGACGGAACAACUCAUGUGCCCUGGUCCGGAGAGUCUACCAAUCAGCAUUCCCCUCUUCUGGUUACUUUGGUUACAAUAAUGUGACAGUGAUCCCUGCGGGAGCCACAAACAUCAAAGUUACAGAUAAAAGCAGGAAUUACCUUGUAUUACUAAAUGGCAAGAAUCGUUAUGUGAUUAAUGGGAACUGGGUCAUUGACUGGCCCGGGGAAUAUGAAAUUGCUGGUACCAAGAUACAAUACAAACGUUCAGCUGGCAAUCAUGAAUCCAUUGAGGCUGCAGGCCCAACAGCAGAAGAUCUCCAUUUGAUGGUUCUCCUGCGAGAGGCAAACUCGGGAAUUGAAUACGAGUACUGGCUUCCUAAAGAACGCUACGGGCGUUACCAAGGUGGCCAUAGUCCACUGAGACAACCUGAGACUGCUGUAAUAGAGGCCAACAUUCCUCUGAGUUAUCUGCCCUGGGCACAAACCAGCACGACAGUCUCCACAACCACUACCACCACCAGAAAGCCAGCCCUCUACCCAGGCUGGAUUUACCCCACGGCACGACCGCCAGUUCAGCCUCAUCAAGACAGCCACUUUCAGAUUGUGUUGCCAAGGCAUGAAACGAAGCCCACCCACAAUCAGCCCAGUUACUGUAGAAGAUGUAAGAAAUCAAAAGGAAAAUCUCAAAGGAUUCAACAGUACUGCCAGAAAGAUUUUGUUUUUCGUGGAAGAAUCCUUGGGAAGAAGAUUGUGGGUUCAGAGACUCGAUACGAUGUGCAAGUCAAGGAAACGUACAAGAACCAGUACCCAAUAGUUCACAGGGAAUAUGUCUGGGUGCCAAACACAUGUGACUGUCCCUACAUUCUAGAGAAGCGAGAGUACAUCAUGAUGGCAAGGAGGCACGUGAACUUUGAGCAGACACUGAACCGAAUCCUUUUGGAACACAACAGCUUUGUGAGACUCUGGCAGCCCAGGGAAGACGUGCUGAUGCGAGACAUGGACAAAUACUGCCAACGGUACUCCUAAGGGAAUGUUUACCAUGACAAAGAAUUUAAAACCUAAUGCUUUAUUGGUUUAUAUAUGGAAAGAGCUCUCGACACUGUGUAAGGAAACUAUAUAAUUUCAUCGAAUACAUUUAAUCAGCCAUUUGAAGCCUAUGUUAUGCAUCACUUUCUAAACCAAUAAUAGCAGUCACUGGAGGAUAUCACGCGAUGAUGUUUCUAUGGGUCAAAACAAAAAUGUGUCGCACUGAAUUAUUAGAAAUUAGUUAUUAUAGCUGUUUUAUCCUGGCCCAGCUGAAGUGAAACAAAGCAAGUCUUCACAUUGGAAGGAGCAGUCAGACAACGUUUGAAGUUGAUAUACAGUUAAUUCUGAACAACAGUACAUGUUCUGACACCAGGAAUGUUCUCUAUGAUGAACCUUUGCACCAUUACACACAAGAUUGUCUAUAAUCACAUGAGAUUCUGCAGAUGCUGGAAAUCCAGGGCAACACACACAAAAUGCUGGAAGAACUCAGCAGCCCAGCAGAUUGUCUGUAAUGGCAGAAGCUAUGUAUUCAAGGGAGCACAACGACGGUAACAUUGCUGAACCUCAAAUUAAUGCACUUAAUUGUUGCACCCCAGGUAUUCAACACAUCCACUCUCUGAAAGGUGUUUCAUUAUUUUCUUUAAAUAUCACCGGUCUGCAGAAUACCUGAUAUGUUCUGAAUUUUGGGUGAUGAAUUGUAUGCCUGGUCCAAUCCUCUUAUUACAACUAUUUAAGUUCAUGUAUUAUCUGUCUCACUAGUAAAAUGAGGCUCAUCACUUUGCAUGGUACUUGACGUAUCUAAGCAUCAAAGACUUCUAAGAAAACAUUUUGUUGUUCACCCUGAUAUUAAAAUUGUCAGAUAUUAAUUAUCUUAAAUCAUUUCACUUCUGUUUUUCAUGUAUAUUCACCUAAUGAAAACAUAUUUAAUAUCAUCUACAAACAAAGACAGAUUCUAUUAUGUUAUAUAGCAUAUCUUUCACAACAAAAUCAAAGACCUGCAUCUAUGCAUGUCUCUAAUGGAAACUUAACAAGGGAUUCAAAAGUUGUGAAUUAAAGUAACCAUGAAAGACAUAAUUUGUGGCAGCUGUAGAAAAUACUUAUUCAGUAAUCAUUUAUGUUUCUUCAUCAAGUAGUUAAUUCUUAACCAGAAUUGGGUACAUUCAGGGCGUGGAAAAGCAGGUGAGUGUUGUGCUUGUGUGUGAGUUGCGCAAGAGGGAUGGUGGAAACAGAGAACAAUGACUGCCGAGGAACAGUGAGGAUAUGAAGAGAUUUAGAACAAAGAAUAUGAAAAAUACUGUGCUAUUUAAAAGGAAAGGAGAAAUAGGACAGCAAAGGGCAGAAAUCAAAAGAUGGCAUUAAUAAUUCAGUGGCUCAAAGAAUGAGUUUUAACUUGGAAAAAGGUAUGUGAACCAGGUGAAUGCUGGCAGAUAAGUGGAAAAGAAUGGUUGAAGAAAUAACAAAGGAUGUCAAGUUUAUUGAUAUAUCUAGAGAAGCAUCUAAAGUGACCUGGUGACAGCACCUGACACUCUUGGUUAGUUCCUGAUGAUGGGAGGAGCUCUCUAUUUACACCAAGGGCUCUAUGUAGCAAAGUUCUACAGCUGAGCUUCAACUUCUAAUAAAGGAUGUGUGUGUAAAGCCUUCACAUGUUGUUCUUGAGAAAAUAAGAGUCAUAAGGUUCUAUGGCAAGCAAACAGGCCCUUCGGCCUACUGAAUCUAUGUUGGCUACCAAUCACUCAUUUGCACUAACCCUUUACUAAUUCUUCCCCACAUAUAGCCUAAGCAGCUGAGCCAAGCUCAAUCCAUUUCUGUUUUACUCUGUCAUGUAUCACUGCAAGAGGAAGUUAGCAUUUUUUUUUUAUUCUAUGAGCUGUCAGAAGCACCCAUUAAAUCUGAUCUGAAAGUGAACAGGUUUGAUUUGUGUCAAGGCAAAUCACAUGAGACAGUAACUCCCAAAUCUCAAGUUAUUUUGAGUUCUCUCUGCUCUGUUUGUACAGCCCCUACUGUGACCUCCUUGAACAAGUUUGAGUGUUGGGGAAAGUGACUUAGAGAAUUUGAGAGUAUCACAUACAUCAGUUUAAUUUGAUUUGAAUUAAUAAGGCAGUGACAGAAAAUAUCCCCCUGGCCAUUAAUAACAGCAGGCAUCACUGCCAACCCAGAAAGCACAAAAUCUUCGUCAAAGCCGAAGACAAACCAUGGUCUCAGCCGAGAUCGCCAGCUGGCUUGGUCACCAUAGUGUCUGACUGGCAACUGAAACUCAUUCUUGGCAAACAACUAAAGUUCCUUGACUUCAUUGCAUCAUCAUCCCUGAGGCCUGACAUGGUCGUUCUGGCCAGAACCUCGAAGCAGGUGGCCAUGCUGGAACUGACAGUUCCUUGGGAAGACCGGAUUGAGGAGGCGUUUGAACAUAAGAAAGCCAAAUACCAGGAGCUGGUGGAGCAGUGCCAGGGACAGGGGUAGAGGGCAUGACGUGAGCCUAUAGAGGUGGGGUGUAGAGAUCUUGCUUAGCUGCUCACUGUGCAGAUCCUACUCUCUCCUUGGCAUUGCAAGGCCUGCAAAGAAAAGAGCCACUAGGACCAUCACAGAGGCUGCCUAGCAAGCCUCCAAAUGGCUAUGCAUCAAGAGGUGUGACCCAUGGACCAAUGUUGCUGGAACUCAAGCCAGGGUCUGACCUACUCUGGCUGGGAUGCUUGGGUGAGAGUGUCUGAUGUUGAAAGACCUGAAACACCCGACUCCAGGUUACAUCACUGAUGAUGUGACCCAGUGCAUCCUAGGGUGUGUCCCAGCAUCAUUUCACCUCACUGUGUCCAUGAAUUUAGGACUAAAUAAUGAUAAGAUCAAAAUAACAGCAAGAAAUUUGACCUUGGGCUUGUACAAUAACCAUGCACUACAGUAAAACUAUCCCAUGCUACACUUCUGAAGCUCUGUUCCAUUGAUGUCAGUGUAGGAUGCAUCCUGAAUCGUAUGGGAUUUAGUACAUGUAAUGUAACUAAGGAUGAAUUUCUCCUUCCAAGGAAUGGUUUGGAAAAUGUGAAAGAACAGCACUCAUUGUGGUCUCUAAAAGAGGAAUGUGUAUUCAAGGUAAAACAAUUAAAAAAGGAUUCUGAACCAAGCAGACUCUCUGAAAGAAACAUACAUAGAUGCACUCUACUGUUACUGCCGUAAGUCUCUUUCAACACUUGCACUUCUUUCUGUGCCUUGAAGUUCCAAGGUAACAUGAUGCUAUUGGUUCUGCCGCAUUUUAAGUUCAGGCAUUAAACGUUCACGAGACAGAGAGAGUUAACACCCAUCCAAUGAACCCAAAUCAGGAGAUUAUAGUUUCUUCAUGACAACGUCCAUCCACAAAUCAUUUGAAGUCAUUCAGCUUUUCUCAUUGAAAUAUUACUUCCCUUGGGAAUAUUUUUGCUUCCUACUCAUUUCUGUUAAGAACCUCUUCAGGCUCUUAUCAGUGGAUUUCAUUUAUUAACACAAUGCUGUAAUCUAACAUCAGUUAAUUCAAUGUAUAGAGAUUAGUGAGAAAUAUUUUUAGCUCUCAGUGAAAAUAUAUAAGUUGCCAAUAAUAACAGGUGAUUCAUUAAAAUAUACAGUAUCCUUUUUGAAGUAAUUGUUGGAUAUUCGACAUGUAUAAAUAAAAAUGGCAAUAGUUUGGGUAGUAGGCUGAGGAAUAGUACAAUAUUUUCUACUAAAACUUGCAUUUAUAUAGAUGGUUUCAGAAAAUGCAACACACUUUUGAAGUGCUAUAGGAUAGUAAACUCAGUGGACUGUUUGUGUACAGGAGCUUCCACAAAAGUAGUAAAAUCAAAUAAUUUAUCAAUCUUUGUGAUGUUGGGUGAAAACAUUAAUGUACCGCAGAUCCUAUAAACAAGAUGUGGCAGUUCACUUAAUCAAAUCAUAAGCUACACAUGAAAUAUUAUGUUUGCUUAAUGUACUCUGGGAUAAAUUCCAAGACAUGAGGAUUAAGAUUUAAGAUAAGAUUAGCUUUAUUUGCUAAAUAUAUAGUGAAAUGCACUAUUUGUGCCAAUGACCAACACGGUCCAAAGAUACGUUGGGGACUGCUGCAGGCGUCAACAUGCUUCCAGCACCAACAUACCACGCCUACAACUUACAAACUCUGAGAUUUUUGAAAUGUGUGAGGAAACUAGAGCACGCAACAGAAAUCUAUGCAGUCUCGGGGAGAAAGUACAAACUCCUUACAGAUUGCAGUGGGAAUUGAAUCUCGAUCUUCUGACUGCUGGUACUGUAAAGCAUCAAACUAACCGCUGGGCUACCAUGCUGCCCAAUGUAGCGGUGGAAUGAGGGGAGGGGAGUGCAGAAUAAAGAUUCCUUGGUCCAUGGCAUAAAAAAGUUUGGGAAUCCUUACUCUAAUCCCAAAAGACCAUCAUAUGAGCACUAAUAUUGACAGGUUCAGAAGUACUUUUGGAAUUUUCAUAAGAAUAAUAAGCAAAAAAUCUAUUUCAAUUGGUGAUAGAAUCAUAUAGCACAAAACAGAUCUUUCAGCCCUACGUCCAUAACAACCAUGAUGGCCAUCUAAGCUAGUCCCUUUUGUCUGCAUUUGACUCAUAUCCCUCCAUGUAGUUGCCCAAAUCUCUUUUAAAUAUUGUUAUUGUACCUGCCUCAACUACUUCCUCUGGCAGCUUGUUCCAUAUACUGUAUGUACUGCCUCCAUGUGAUAAAGUUGCCCCUCAGGCUCCUAUUAAAUCAUUCCCCUCUCACCUUAAACUUAUGCCUACUAGUUCUUGAUUUCCCAAACCUUGGGUAAAGACUGAAUAUAUUUACCCUAUCUAUGCCUUUCAUGAUUUUAUGUUCUUAUGUAAGGUCACUCCUCAGUCUCCUAAUCUACAAAAAAAUGAAGCCCUAGCCUGUCCAAAUGCUCCCGAUAACUCAGUUAUCCGUGUAAAUCUUAUCUGCACUCUUACCAGCUAAGUAGCAUCUUUCUAAAAGCAGGAUGACAAAACUGAAUGCACCCUCAACAACAUCUGGUGUAACUGCAACAUGACAUCCUCACCUCCAUAAUCAAUUGCCUGAAUGAAAAAAAAGCCUUCCCCACCACCCUGUCUACCUGUGACACCACUUCCAAGGAACUACAGUAUGUAUUUGUACUCCUAAGUCCCUCUGUUCCACAACAUCCCCCAGGGCCCUACUGUUUCCUGCAAGGAUCCUACACUGGUUUGGCUUCCCAAACAUUUCACACCCAUGUGAAUUAAAUUUUAUUUGACAUUUCUUAGUCCACAUGCCCAGCUGAUCAAGAUCCCACUAUAAUUCUUAAUAGCCUUAUUAACAGCGUGCAAUGUGAUGGAUAUUCACUGUCCAGGGCUGGGUGGGGGGAUACAGCUUUUUUGCCAAGCUCAGCUUUCUAACACAACAGCUGUCCCUUCCUAAUGCGAGGGUCAAAGAGUUGUUUGUGAGUAGGUAAACUCCCAACCCUUAUUCCUUGUUCAAAUUCCUGCCGUAAACAAGUACCAGUCUUCAGUUCUUAAUGUACAUCGCAAGCAAUAAGCAAACUGAAGUUAAAAUUACAGCUUUGCAAACAAACAGCACAGUCUAUGAAGCAUGGGAUGCUGCCCCACAGCACAGGGCUGACUGCCCAAGAGAUGCAGUGGAAGACAAUGGAGUUAUGUUAACUGAGCCUGCAUCAAACCAGACAUUGGCUAAGUUGCUUAGUUCAAGGAAGCUUGCAGACCAGACUGAUACUAUCACAUAGCACAUCAAGUAGUUCAUCUAUUAAUAGUUGGGAGAUUUGAGUAAUCAGAAUGUCAGCCCUCACCGUGUUAGUUUUGGUUAAUCUUAGGAUCUCUGUCCCCAGAAGCUCUUAGAUCAUCUGUGUGAAUUAGAAAGAAAGAAGUAUCUAAAAAAAAAAUCACAUGCAUGUGAAGUAAUCAAGUAAAAAAGAAGUAUAAAUGUAGGAGAGGAGUCAGGCUUGUUAGGAAUGGUCAAGGGGCAACAAGAAGAAUGAAAGAAAGACAGGAUGAGGAUAAUCCAUUUCUCUGCCUUCGACUUCUGCCACGGAUGACUCGUUCAUCUGCAACUCGUUGGUAUGUCUUUUUAGAAUAUGGAAAUUAUACCUGUAUUUUGGAAAUCCUUUGCGUUUUAGAAAUCACUUGUAAUUUGGAAAGCAUUUAUAAGAUAGAAAUCCUGUGUGAGUUUAAAAUGUGUUUUAAGAAUUUUGUCUAGAUUUAAAUGUGUUUCACUACA